AUGGCGGCCAGUUCACCCGCGGAAACCGCCUUGGUGAUCCUGUACUACUUGUACCCAGCUCUCGUUUUCAUCUACUUUUUCUUCGCCUCACUCGUUUCAGCCUGUACAGUACACUCUUCUGGAAAAGAUGAGCGAAAGAAGAAAUGUCCCAGCCAACGGUUGACACUCGUCUUCUACCUCCUGUGCAUCCUGACAUACACUGCCCAGUUGUUGCUGCUUGGGACCCGUGCAGUCCUCUCACAGAGCUGGCCAACAGAGGAUCACAUCAUCAUCGGAAAUCUGGCUUGCAUUCUGGCGUUCGGGAUCCAACUGAGUCGCUGUCUCGACACUGAAGAGGGCCCCUUCUAUCCUUUCAUCGGGUCUUGGUUGCUUGGCCUGUCUUUUGAUAUUGCAAUCACUGUAUUGUCUGCUAUUUUGGGACUGUUCUCCCCUUUCGAUGUCUUCAGUAUCCUUGCAAGCGUUACCAUUAGCAUUCGUUGCCUGUCUUUCAUAUCACUCGCUAGUUUGUUCGCUGUUGGCUUUUCUGUAAAAUUGACAUCCGAUGAAGAGCAGGAACCAUUGUUGCCCAAAGUUAUAACUACAUCACCUGAUAGUCCAACCAGUCAGGAAUCUGGGUAUGGGUCAACACUCCAAGCCGAGGAAGAAGAAGAAGAGGCCCCGGAGUAUAGUUGGGAACGCAGAGAGAGAGAGGCCAAAGAGGCUAUGAAGAAGAGGCUCGAGGAAGGUGGAAACUGGUUUGAGUACGCCAAAGGCUUCAAGAUUCUUUUUCCAUACGUCUGGCCUGUCGGUAAUGUUGGCCUGCAACUUCGUGCCGCGGCCGUGUGCCUAUGCCUGUUCGCAUCCAAUGCUCUUCACCUACUCAUCCCCCGCCAGACAGGCAUUAUCAUGGACAGCCUGAAUGGUUCCGGCAACAGUAAUCCAUGGAUCUCGGUUCUUGUAUUUGCUGCCCUCCGCUUAGCUGCUUCUGAGUCGGGUAUCGAGCUAGUUCGUCAGUGGCUCUGGGUUCCUGUUAAGUACUAUUCCCACGACGCAUUGACACGAGCAGCCUACUCGCACAUGAUGCAUCUUUCAGCAGAUUUCCACGACUCAAAAAGCUCAUCAGACAUGAUGAUGGCGAUCUACGGAGGCAGUGCGGUUUCCAAUGUUAUUGAGAACGUCUUGCUCUAUGCCGUACCCAUGCUCAUUGAUAUGGGGGUGGCUAUUGUCUACCUUUCUAUCACAUUUGGGCCCUACGAAGGACUUAUUACCGUGGCUACCGGUGUCUUCUUCCUUCUUAUUGCUAGCAGACUUGUUGCUAACUCCAAAGCUGCAAGUCGAAACCGUGUCAAUGCACUAUACGAGGAACAUUAUGUGCGCCAGUCUGGCUUCCUUGGGUGGCAGACAGUUAGUGCAUUCAAUCAGAUCGGUUACGAAGACAAUCGACACGCCAAUGCAGUCACAAAUCGUUGGCUUAGAGAGCAGCAAUAUGUGCUUGGGUGGUAUAUCUCAAUCGGAUUUCAAACCCUGGUCCUGACAUCUGGUCUUCUCGCGAGCGCAUUCCUGGCAGUCUACCGUAUCAGAGCAGGCCACGCAACACCUGGACAAUUUGCUAUGCUUUUGAUGUAUUGGGCACAAUUGACAUCACCGCUUCAGUUCUUUGCGAAGUUGGGAAAGAACGUAAGCGAUGAUUUCAUCGAUGCCGAGCGCCUGCUGGACAUCAUGAGAACUCAGCCAUCAGUUGAAAACCAGAAAGGAGCCCGACCGUUGAAGUUCGUAGCUGGGGAGGUCGAGUUUGAGCGGGUUUCUUUUAGUUACGACAAGAAGAAGGGCAUCAUCAAUGAUGUCAGCUUCCAUGUUCCUGCUGGCCAGACAGUCGCUUUCGUGGGUGCCACGGGAGCAGGAAAAUCUACUCUCAUCAAACUCCUUGAUCGGUUUUACGAUGUGGGCGAUGGUCGUAUUUGCAUCGAUGGUCAAGACAUACGAGAUGUUGAUCUGUUCAGUCUUCGUGAUCGAAUUGGAGUCGUUCCUCAGAAUCCAAUUCUGUUUGACGACACGAUUAUGAACAAUGUACGAUAUGGGAGGAUAACCGCCACCGAUGAGGAAGUGUUUGAAGCAUGUCAAGCCGCUUGCAUUCAUGAUAAGAUCAAAGGCUUCACUCAUGGAUACAAAACACGGGUUGGAGAGCGCGGCGUGAAACUGUCUGGCGGUGAGCUUCAGCGAAUUGCAAUUGCUCGAGCAAUGUUGAAGAAGCCGGACAUUGUUCUGCUAGAUGAAGCCACCAGUGCGGUUGACACAGAUACAGAGCAACAGAUUCAGAUAUCCUUCAAGAGGCUGUGCCAGGGCCGAACCACGUUCAUCGUCGCCCACCGUCUUUCAACAAUUAUGAACGCAGACCGGAUUAUUGUAGUUGAAAAUGGCGAGAUACUUGAGCAGGGGAACCACGACGAAUUGAUCGUGGCUGGUGGGAGAUACGCCGAUCUUUGGUCAAAGCAGGUCUUUGUGCGAACAAAGGAGGAAGACGCCGAUGCCUCGGCUGGUCAAGCAGGAUUUGUUAACGACCUAUCCUCAGAGCAGACCAGAACCGAGCUAUCAAAAGUCAACAAGCCGACAACAGCAACCAACGAACAACCGAAGUCAUCUGAAGCCAGAGCCAGCGCAGAGGAUACUCCUAUUACCCAAGGUCGCAAGCAAGAGGGAACCCGGCUGAAUCCCGUUGCCGCUACAUUUACCCCUCGCAGGUUGGCCAAGAUCAGGAAAUCCAUGGAGACCGGGACUUCCGAGGCAUCGACCAGCUCUACCACUCAAGACGGACUGAUAAAUGAUGGUCGACCCAAAAUGAGUAGCGGCGACACUGCAACACCAGCCACGGACUCCAGAGAGAAAAAGAGAGCCUUUAUGGCAGCCGUUGACCGUGCUCUCAAAAGCAAAGAAGCAAAAAAAUCUGACGAAGCAAAAGUCUUGGAGCCUUUAGUCAAAGGUGGAGAUGAAGCUGAAGGGGCGGCGAAAGAACGAGACGCGGCAGAGAGUCAAAUUUUUGAAUAUAAGCUGCCGUACUAUUCUCGUCGUGCUCAGUCGAAGAGCGAACCAUCUCAGGCAUCUCAGGGCUCUGAUGGAGCCGACGUGGACAAUGAGCUCCUCCUCUCGUCGAUAGAGAAGCAAAUGUCUCCACAUCGUCGAGUUACACUGCCUCCUAUGAAGGCGAGUGCAGGAUCCCAAAUUCCUGUUGCCACCGAGCACAACCAAGCGGUUUCUUCAGUUUCCAGGGCGGUGAAGGUCCAAGAUAGCACCACCGACCGAUGCUUCGACAAACAAAGCGCUCAACAAAAAGCAGAGCCUACCAUGCCAGGUCGAAGCGCGACAAGCCCAUCAUCAAAUAAUAAAGAUCCCCAAGGCGAAGAUGGGGUGACUGCUGGAACAAACACCACGGACGGCCUCAAGCAUGGCAACACUGAAAUUCCGGAACCCAGAGAAAACUCCACCAUUUCCACCCCACGUCGUGGUGGCCGCGGUGGUCGAAGAGGACGAUCCCCUUGGUACCGUGGCCGACGUGGCAGAGGAGGCUAUCGAGGAAGCCCACAGGGCAGACAAGCAGCAUGA